GCACUACCGCCGUCGCCACUCGUCAUCGCCGCGCCACAGGCCACUUCAUAGUACAGUCUACACUACGCACUACGCAGUUGACAUUUUUGCGAUUGCCCGGACGCCAUCACAGCGCUGUUUUAACAAAACCAUUUAACCAGCACACAAACGACUAUUUGUUUUCGAGGCGUACGUCUGACAUUCGAAUCGUGUAAAUUCAGCAUUCAAGAUGACCGUAAUAACGAUGCCGUCGACCGAAAAGAAAGCCGAUAACGUACCGUUGGUGACUAACAUCGAAAUUGAUCCGUUGACACAGGGGAAAGAUAUUGAAGCUGGAUUUAAAGGAGACAACAAAGAAGGCAAUUCAAAAUUAUUGGUUCUCAAAGUAAACAACCGUGCAACUCCAUUGGCUCUAUUCUACAUGUUGAUGAUGUCAGUGUUUGUUGCUUUCAUGAUCUUCUAUGGAGGAUGCAUUUACAGAUUUAUUGGAAAUAGUUUCCGCGAAGAGGACGAUGCAUUUUAUGGAACCGGUACAAUUUCUUUAAAUGACAAACUACAACUUCCUUUGCAAGAAAUGAACGAUUAUGAUAUUAACCAGUUCAAUAACGACGAUAUGGAAUCAGAAUUUAAGAAAUUAGAGAACUUUGCAUUGAACAUGGAAAGAUUAAACAGUCAUCAAUUAAUGGGUGCUGAUGAUGUAAUUUCUGAGUUUAAGGAAGAUUUCGAGUUGGAUUUGAAAGAUGAUAGCUAUGAAAAAAUUGCCCCUGCAUUACCAAACGCCAACUCUGCACGUUUCAUUCAUGAUUUCAGUGCUAACGUUACUGGAAUCGUUGAUGUUGAAGGAAAACGUUGUUUUGUUAUGCCAUUGAACCGCACUUCAGUAUUGCCACCUACAUCAUUGUACGAUUUGUUGUUUAAAAUGUCAAGCGGUUACUAUUCAGUAGACACCAAAAAUAUGAUGCAUAACAUGCGUGUUAUCACACCAGCCAUUAAAGAUGUGUCGGAGUAUGGAUCAUAUGUGGCCAAGGACUGUGCUACAUAUCCAGUAUAUAAAUUGGAAAAAAUUGUGUCUGGAGUAACUAAACGAAGCGCUCCAGGAGUUGGAAAAACUUUUUCGUCAUUCGCGGGUAAAAUGGUUUCCUUCCAUAUAGUCAACUACAACGACCUACAAUAAUCUGAUCUCUACUCAAAAUCUUCUUUUUGAUUUUAUUUCAAAGUUUUAUUAUCAUACAUAAAUAUAAAACAAAUAGUGAGUUAUUAUUUUUAUUUGUUAACAAGAAAAAUUAUUGCUACGUAUUCAGUAAUGUGCUUUUUAGAACUAGUUUUGUAUAUUUCGUAAUACACUAAAUUCAGAAUGUA